UCCUCCACCACCGCAUCCACGCCUCUCAGGCCUGUGUGACCAAUCCUCCUCCACCGCAUCCACGCCUCUCAGACGCGGCCACACCCCCUCGCCCGAGGAGCAAGACGGAGGAGACAUGGCUCGGUUGCCGCUUUGUCGAAUCCAGUCAUGAGCGACGACUCGGCCAGCGUCGGCGGGCGCUCGUCGCACCAAAUUCACCAGCAGCGCCUGCACCAGCAACGCAGGGGCGGCGGGGGUAUGUUGGACGACCGGAUGAGCGACAACGACGACGACGGGCAGCUGCGCAGGGACAUGCCGACGGCGAAGGAUACGUUUCGGGAUGCAUGA